AUGGACCUGAUGGAGACCUGGGUGAUCCUGGCCACCAGCCUGGUGCUCCUCUACCUAUAUGGGACCUCUUCAUACGGACUUUUCAAGAAGCUAGGAAUCCCUGGCCCCAAGCCUCUACCUUUUGUUGGAACACAUUUUGCCUACAGGGAGGGUGUAUUAAAAUUUUACUUGGAGUGCUCUAAAAAGUAUGGGAAAAUUUGGGGGCUAUAUGAGGGCCGACAGCCCGUGUUGGCAAUCACAGACCCAGACAUGAUCAAGACAGUGCUCGUGAAAAAAUGUUAUCAUGUCUUCUCAAAUAGGCCUGUUACGGAACUUAUACUUUUGAAAAGGGCCAUCAGCAGAUCUGAGGAUGAAGAAUGGAAGAGAAAACGGAAAUUGCUGUCUCCACACUUUGCCAGCGGAAGAUUGAAGGACAUGUUCCCGGUCAUUCAGUGGAAUGGAGACACGCUGGUGAGAAACUUGAGGCGGGAGGCGGAGAAAGACAAGCCCAUCAGCAUGAAAGGGAUCAUGGGAGCCUAUGUCAUGGACAUUAGCGCCAGCACGCUGUUUGGAGUGAAAGUCGAUUCCCUCAACAACCCACAGGAUCCCUUUGUAAAAAGUGCAUGGAAGUUUGUAAAUUUUGAGUAUUCGAAACCAUGGUUACUAUCUGUAGCAAUCUUUCCAUUCCUUAAAAAAGUAUAUGACAUGUUGAAUAUCUCCAUAUUGCCAAGUGAUGCUAUAUCAUUUUUACAAAACUUUAUAAGGACACGGAAAGAUCGCCUUGAAGCUAAUGAGGAGCCCCGAGUGGAUUUUCUUCAGCUGAUGAUGAACACCCAGAAUCCAGAAGACGUGGCGUCCCGUAAAGCUCUAUCUGAUCUAGAGAUUGAAGUCCUAUUAAUGAUGCUAAUUCUUGCUGGCCAUCUGACUGUGAGCAGUAGUCUUACCUUCAUUACGUACAUGCUGGCCACUCACCCUGAUGUCCAGAAGAAAGUCCAGGAGGAGAUUGAUGCAGCUCUGCCCAAUAAGGUUCCUGCCACUUACGAUGCUGUGGCAGACAUGGAGUAUCUGGACAUGAUUGUGAGGGAAACUCUCAGGUUGUACCCAAUUGCUGCUAAAAUUCAGAGAAUCUGUAGCAAAGAUGUUGAAAUCAAUGGAGUAUUCAUUCCCAAAGGCACAGUGGUGAUGGUACCAACCUUCAUCCUUCAGCGAGACCCGAAGUACUGGCCUGAGCCCGAGGAGUUCCGCCCUGAAAGGUUCAGCAAGAACGAGGAGAGCAUCGAUCCUUGCAUGUACAUGCCCUUCGGAAUUGGACCCAGGAAGUGCCUUGGCAUGAGGUUUGCUCUCAUGUACAUGAAACUUGCUGUCGUCAAGGUCCUGCAGAACUUCUCCCUCCAAGUUUGCAAAGAAACACAGAUCCCUUUGAAAUUUUUCAAGAAACUACCUCUUUGUCCAGAGAAACCCAUUGUUCUGAAGGUUGUGCCAAGAGAUGGGACUAUGAAUGGAUGCUGAAUUUAUCUUGAGUUCUGAUGUUUUAAAAAGAGAAC